GUGGUCGCGCGCGGCUCGUGUCAUCUCCGCGGACCGCCGUUGUAAGCAGCGCGUCACCGUUACCGUACGCGCGUAACAUAUCUGUGAUUUGUGUCGUGAUAUAUUAUAUUAUAAAGUUAUUGUGAUUUUGAGAUUGGGCGCAGCGUUUAUUAUUUGAAGAAAAAUGAUACGUUCACCUAAUGAAUGUCCGUGUCCUAUAAAAGAAGUCGGGCCGUCAAUGAUCGGCGCUUGUCCAAGUCAAUUCAUGUUGUUCAUGACAAUCUUGGAAGCCUACAUCAAUGGGAGAUGCGACCUGGCUGAUCCAUGCAACAGAAUAACUGACGCGCAGAAAUUGGAAGAGGAAUACGAUUUCGUUGUAGCUGGUGGUGGCACCGCUGGCUCGGUGGUUGCGGCCAGACUGUCAGAAAACCCACAAUGGAAGGUAUUGUUAAUAGAAGCAGGAGGAGAUGAACCGACUCAGUCGUCCGUGCCUGCUUGGGUCACAGCCUACUGGAACCGGGAUGAUACUGACUGGAUGUACCAUACCGAGCCGCAGGAGAAGGCCUGCUUACACGACGGCGGGAAAUGCUCGUGGGCCAGGGCGAAAAUGUUAGGGGGCUGUUCCGUUAUUAACGGCAUGAUGUACAUGCGAGGCCACGCCGCCGACUACGACGGCUGGGCGAUCAACGGCGCCAAGGGUUGGUCCUGGUUCGACGUGAUGCCAUACUUCCUGAAGAGCGAGGAUAACAAGGAGAUCGGCAACGGCAUCUCCAGCCAGUACCAUUCAACCGGUGGGCCUAUACCAGUGCAGAAGUUCCCUUACGCGCCUCAAUACGCACACGACGUGGUGUCAGCUGCCAUAGAGCUAGGCUACCCACCGACUACUGACCUCAACGGAGACACGAUCACCGGUUUCACUAUCGCUCAAACACAAAAUGACAAAGGCUCCCGGUUUAGUACAGCACGGGCGUACUUACGUCCAGCUGCCCAUCGUAAGAACUUGCACGUGCUCCUGAACUCUCACGUCACUAAAGUCAUCGUUAACCCUGUGACCAAGAAGGUGACUGACGUGGAAUACAUCAAGGACGGACAAACUGAAACUGUGGGCGUUACCAAAGAGGCUAUAAUUUCCGGUGGCACCAUCAAUACGCCCCAGAUUCUGAUGCUCUCAGGAAUUGGACCUAAGGAAACCCUGGAUAGGUUCAACAUACCAGUGAUCAACAAUCUCCCAGGUGUUGGCCAAAACCUGCAAAACCAUGUCGGGGUGCAUUUAAGCUUCACAUUGACGAAGGAACCUGAAGUACCGGAGCUGAACUGGGCUACGGCUAUGGAUUAUAUGCUGGAGAGAGAUGGUCCUUUAUCUGCUACUGGGCUUUCACAGCUUACUGGAAUCGUGAACUCCCGAUACGCACCAGCGGGAGGAAGACAACCCGAUGUUCAAUUCUUCUUCGGAGGAUACUACGCAUCAUGCAGUACGGGAGAUAUACAUGAAGCUAAUGCUGAGAGCGAGGAAAAGAGAGAAGUGGAAAUCUCAGCCAUAUCGCUGCAGCCGCGCAGCCGCGGGUACGUCAGCAUUCAGUCGGUGGACCCGCUGCAGCCGCCGGUGAUGCAGCCCAACUACUUCCUUGACGAGCACGAGCUGAACGUCAUCAUCGACGCCGCUAAAAUCGCUUACAAGCUCGCCAAUACAACGAUAAUGCGCGAGAAAUACGGCAUGGUACCCACACCCGGGUACGGGGAGGAGUGCGGUAACAACUCAGACAGUCCCCCGGACGACUUCUUUAAGUGCCUCGCUAUGUACUUCACGGCACCAGAGAACCACCAAGUGGGCACGUGCAAGAUGGGGCCGGACUCCGACCCUAUGGCGGUCGUGGAUAUGCAGCUUAAGGUGCAUGGGAUUGAGGGUCUAAGAGUUGCUGAUGCAUCCAUCAUGCCCAACAUUGUAACCAGCAACACGGCAGCGCCCACAGUAAUGAUAGCGGAGCGGGCUGCCGAAUUCAUCGUGACCAGGUACCAGCAGUCGAAGCGGGGACAGGAAGGGGAACUCGGCAAUAGGUUCGGCGAGGACAACGCCAGUCAAGCCAGUAACGAAGGAGAUAGAUGGAACAACUACGAUGAUGACGGUAGCAACGAAGCCAAACUGACGGACCACAGAUGGAAGCCCUGGCACAAGGACUGGCCUCACUGGCACAAGGGCCACGGCCACGAUAUCGACUGGCAUACCAAACACAAUGUGCCUCUACAGUCUCAAUAUUCCAAUUAAUAGUUUAAGACUGACUUAACUUUUGUAUUAUUAGCGUAAGUUUGUUUAGAUUUUAAGCUGUCAAUAAAAAAAGUGAAGAUGAAAGAUGGUAAGUUUUAUUUUUUUAUCGCCUACUCUGUCCCCACUCUGGGGGCACAGGCAUUCCUAUGGAUGGAAUAGGGAGAAUAGGUGGAAUACCCACCACAUUAUUAAUUCGUUUUGAAUAAAUAGACUUUAAAAAAACAUGUCAUUAUUAGAAAAAUAUAAUUAUAAAAAUAACAAACUCAUAGAUAAUUAUUUAUUUCUUUU